UCAAAGUGGUGUGGUGUUGCGUGUACUUGCGCAAUCCAGUUACCCAAAGCACUCGUUACAUUGAUUUGUGUACAAUACUUAUCCCUUUUCUGAUUGAAAACCACUUGAAAGCCGUAAACAAACCACGUCUAGCAGCCGUUUGGAAAUACGUUUACUAAAAGAUUACAUCUAUAGAUAAGAUUGCUACUAGCUAGAGCAGCUAAACUUGAACUUGAAUUUCGUGCAAGCCACUUCAAACUCAAAUCAAACGUAAACCGCGCACCUGCUUUGGAAACAUAAAUCAACUACGGUAAGCUUCCUGGGGUUGUGUACUCGAUGGUACUAUCUUCUUCAUAAAGCCCACGUGUACAAUGAACGCAUGUUUCCUGCCUUGCUUUACGCAAUCCAAUGGAUGAGUUCUUAAGACGAGUUCCGUAUAGUUUGAAUCAAUUCUUGUGGAGUGUUUGUCGAGCAUGCGGGUAUGAUAAGACUACUAGGACACAUUAAGAAUAGGGCAUAUACCAUAUCCCGCAGGAGUAUAAAAUCGGAAGCUUCGUCUUAGUCUCAUCAUCAGUCUUCACUGGUUUACAAUCACAAGAAGUUCAUUGAUUGACCAUAAAACAAUAAAACAUAAAGUAAAGGGUGAAAGUAGCUCACGAUGGCAAAUCAAUUCGUACUAGCUUUUGCUAUGGUAGUAGCUGUAGCGACCGUCGCUUCCGGCUUUGUCGCCCCGGCCCGACGCGCCCAAAUUGUCGGUGGCUUCCCGAUCGAUAUUUCCGAGGCACCGUACCAGAUUUCGCUCCGCGAGGGAGGCCGUCCUUCCUGCGGUGGAUCGAUCAUUUCGCCCGACUGGAUCCUAACGGCUGCCCACUGUCUGGAUGGCGUAUCCGCCGAUCAGGUGUCGAUCCGGGCCGGUUCAACGUACAAAAUGCACGGCGGUGUGCUGCGCAACGUCGCACGAGUGGUGCUCCAUCCGGCCUGGGAUCCGGUCACGAACGAAGGGGACAUUGCGCUGAUGGAGCUGGAAAGUCCGCUGCCGCUGGAUGGUGACACGAUGGCAUCGAUCGAGAUGCCCGAACAGGACGAGGAAGAUCCGGUCGAGGGUUCGAAGGCGCUGGUGUCCGGCUGGGGCAAGACGCUGAACCGGUACCAUUCGGCCUUGAUCCUGCGCGCUACCUUCCUGCCGAUCGUUCACCGGGACAACUGCCAGAAGGCGUACCGGCGUACGCACACCAUCUCGGAGAUGAUGCUGUGUGCGGGCUUCUUCGAGGGCGGUCAUGAUUCGUGCCAGGGUGACUCCGGUGGUCCGCUGGUGGUGGAUGAUGUGCUUGUGGGUGUGGUGUCGUUCGCGAUCGGUUGCGCCAGACCGGGCCUGCCCGGUGUGAAUGCGCGCGUUUCCGCCGUGCGCGAUUGGAUUCGUGAAGUGAGCAACGUUUAAAGCGGUUGAUGUCUGAUGGGAUGUUUUUGGCAUAUGCUAUAUGAAAUAUAUUUAUUUUUGGGCAAAAGCAUAACUAAUGCUAUGUGUUGUUUC